AAUAACGCCAAGGUCGCGGGUUCGAUCCCCGUACGGGCCAGCGGGAUUCCCUUUUUCCCUCCCUCCCUGCUGCCCGAGGCUGCCGCCCUUCAUCUUCCCUCGGUGCCGCGGCGGGAUGAAGGCCGGGAGCCGCCUCCUCCUCCUCCUCCUCCUCCGGGCGCUGCCCGGGGCAGUGCGGCCGUUGCGGCUGCCGCCCGCCGCCUGCCAAGAUGGCGGCUCCCCAGGAGGGGGGCACGGAGGCGCCACCGCCCCCCCCUCGUCCUCCUCCUCCUCCUCCUCCCGCUGAGGGGGAGCCCCCCGGGGCGGCGGCCGCCUGCGGGGCUCCCCUCGGCGAAGAGGAGGAAGAGGAGGAGGAGGAGGAAGGCGGGGAGCGCAGCUUGGGAUCCGCUGCCAGCGCCGUCCUUUACCUGCGGGCGGAGGGCGCGGGGCUGAACCCGGAGCCACCGGGGGCCGCCUCCGGGAGCCCGGCGGAGCCGCCUCCCCCUGCGGGCCGCCUGGCCGCCGAGGAGCUGCGGCGGCUCCCCGAGCGAGCCAGCAGGGCCCGGGAGCCGCUCGGAGCUCCGCCGGGGGCCGCCCCGCUUCCCCCCGGGGCUCCCCGGGCCGCCGCCGCCCGGCAGCCGCGGAGCGGGGCCCUGCAGCACGGCCCGGCCGGGGCCGCCGCCGCCCCGCUCCUCCCGCAGCAGCAGCUGGAGGCCAUUUGUGUCCAAGUGCAGCCAGAACAGAUGAAAGAAACUGAAAGGCCAAUGCCAUCAUUGGCACCAGUCCAGCCCAAAACUAUAACACUGAGUCAGUCUGUUGGUAGAAAUUCUAGCAUACCUGGACUUGGCGUUAUUAAUCCCCAGAUAAUUAGAAUACAGCCUGUUACAGGAACUGAGCAGGAGCAGCAGCAGAUUUUCCUACAUAGUUCUUCCGAAUCUCCAAUUCAAUUGCUUGUGCAGAGACCUUUACUGUCUGGUGGAUCAGUGUCUGUGAACAAGACUGCUACAAGUAAGAUGCUGAAUGGGCAGAAAACGGCACGUGCUACAGUAUCAGCUACAAGGUCUUCAAAUAUCACCAUGGUUGCAGCCAACUCAACAAAUACCCUGACACCAUGUCUUGAAAAAAAACAAAAAGACAAGCUAAAAAAAUCUUUGAAAGUGAAAACUCGUUCUGGACGGAUUUCACGCCCUCCAAAAUACAAGGCUAAAGAUUAUAAAUUCAUUAAGAUGGAGGAUUUGGCUCAUGGUCAUCAGUCUGAUUCUGAUGAUUACUCUGAACUAAGUAUAGAAGAUGAUGAAGAAGGAAAGGUGAAAGGAAAGGAUGCAUUAUUUAAUUCUUCAAAUUAUAAUCUGAAACCCAGAAUGUUUAAAUGUCAGACAUGUGAAAAAUCCUAUAUAGGAAAGGGAGGAUUAGCAAGACAUUAUAAACUUAAUCCAGGUCAUGGACAGCUGGAGCCUGCACCUCAAAAAAUACCUUUAAAUAAGCCUAAUGGAAGUAUAUUUGUGGACAAUCCCUGUGGAACAGGAGUGGAAACAAUGAGUCCAGCACAUUUGGAUUCAAUUGCCGUCACUUUUAAUAAUGAAUAUGCACUACCUACCAAUUUGGAAGAAACCGUUGGUUUGCAGCCUGGAGGACAGAAUUGUAACUCUGGAGAAAGCAGGCACCUGAUGGAAGAACAACAAAAUGAAAGCAGUUCAGGACACCGGGGACCCAUAAAACCAAAAGGACCUGGAAGACCCAGACGACGGAAGAGACGUGGUCGACCAAGGAUGGGUGGAAGAUCUAGGUGCUCUGGAAGGCUUAGCAGACCUGGUCAGUCCCCUUCAAAGUCACUUAGUAGUGUGUCAACAGAACACAACGUAUUCAGAAGAAAAGCUAGGUUAAAAGAGCUGAUACAGCAGUGUGAUAAUGAAGACUUGAUGGAGCUGGCUCUCCCACGCCUUACAAAGCUUGUUACAGUGUAUGAAUUCCUGUUGAUGAAGGUGGAAAAAGGGUAUCCAGCCAAAGCUUACUUCCCAGAUGUGUAUAGGGAAUUUGAAGAGUUGCAUAAUAUGGUAAAGAAAAUGGCUUACGAUCACCUCAGUAAUUCUGAUUUGCUCAGCUGCCAGCAGCCUGUUGAAAUAAAAGAUGCUAAGGUUGCUGAAUCACUGGGAAUUACAGAAAUACUCACUGGAGAACAAAAGGUGCGAGGCAUAGACUCUUGCUCACAACAUAUAAUUAAAAUGGGUAGUGAGCAAGUGCCGGUGGAGAUACUGGGACAAAAACGGUUAGCUGAGAGCUCAGGGGAGGAACUGUUGCCAUCAGCCAAAAGGACCAAGUUAGAAGACGUAAUGGAGAAUGUGAAUAAUGCUUAUGCCAGUCAAGAUGAAGUGAAAGAAAAGAGUGGGAAUUUAUGUACACUCUUUGAAAAAGAUGGUUUUAAUCCAUUAAAUGGAGAAAAUUGCUUCCUGCUUUCAGAAAGUAAACAUAUCACUUGCUGCACAACUGGAAGCCUGUUACCAGCGGAGGAACAGAAUUCGCUUGUAGGUUCAGAAGUUAGAAUCAGUGCUGAAAAUUCAGGUCCCUUCUCUCAGGCUGUGAAAAUGAGGAUAGAGUAUUCCCAACCCACAGACACACAGGGGCCAGAUACUGCAGGUGACAUGUCUCUGCUGCAUACUGAAGUCAUAUUGCCUGUUGAAGCAGACGGCUCAGCAGAAUUAAUUCAAGCACACUUUGUGAGUGAGAAUACAGCAGGUGGACUGUCAGCUCCUCCACUCUGCAACUCUGUGUCAGAGCACGCAGUGGGCAUUCAGACAACUGACUUGUCAAGGAAGGAAGAAAAUGGUCUCAAUCAAAAAUAUCAGUCACUGCAAGAAGAAAGCCAUGUUUUUGCUGUUAAAGGACGUUCUGAACAACUUCACAAUGCAGAUACGACUGAGGAAACGCAGCAACUUGGAAAAGUGUUUUCAACAAACGUGCCAAUAAGCCAUCCCCACCAUGCUCAGACUGAGUUGCACCAGAAUCCUGUCCAGGAAGUAUCCCUGCCUGCUCACCUGAGCCAGGACUGCUCUUUUAAGAACACGGGUGAAUUUUCUUGUGGGACAGGGGAACAACAUGAGCUGGAGAAUACAAUUACUGUAGAUGAAACUGUAGCUUUUGAGAUUACUGAUGAGAGCCAUGGUUUUUUGACUCAGGGACACGAACAGAUUUUUAUUCAGACUUCAGAUGGGCUUAUUUUGUCUCAUCCGGAUACUGCUCUUCUGUCUCAGGCAGAAGGCAUUGUUAUUGUAACUGAUUCUAAUGGUACUACAAUGCACAUCCGCGCACCGGAUGGGAUACCUUUGGAAACUGUGGAAGCACUACUGGCAAUGGAAGCAGAUGGCCAAAGUGAAAACCUUCUGCUUUCACAAAGCGAAUUGGAGCCAUAAAUUAGAAUACUGUACAUGCUUUCUUCUGGAAAAGACUGUCUAUAUAAAAAUGUAUAUUUUUCUAAUGUGAAUACUGAGAUAAUUGAAAUUUAACUUAUUUGUAAACUGUUUCUAUGCCCUGUACUUUUUAUAACUUAUGUUUAUAAAAAUCUAAAACCAUUGCAACCAAAAAUUUUAAAAUUAACAUUGUUCUAUUUGCUUUAUAUGUUGGGGGGUGGGCGGAAAGUUGAAAUCUGUCAAUCCUAAAACUGUUGCACUAUUCCCUUUUGUUACAUAAUUCCUCUUCUCUCUAGCCAUCUAAAUUCAGUAAAUUGUACUGCUUUUUGGCAGUGAUGUGCUAUGUACUGGCAAGCUGUGUAUGGGUAAAAUAAAAACUGUAUUAAAAAUAUGCAUUUUUUGGUGCUGCUGAGAAUACAGAACAGUGCUGGUUUGCACUUUCUUAAAGCUAGCUUGAAUAUUCAUUAGCAUCUAGACAUGGUCUACAUAAAUCUGUCUGAAAAAAGGGGUAGUUUCAAACACAAUCCACACUUGUGCAUUCCGGGAACAAUGUGACAGCCUAACUGAUCUUCAUUUAAAUAACACUAAGCUAAGCAUCCACUGCUUAGAGACAAAAAUAGCCUCAAACAAGAAUUAAUUUGUACUGAACUGUUGGAAAUAUAUUCAAGCGUUCUUGCCUAAUGUUCAGCCAUGCCUUCAACAGUUGCUGUUACUUGGAAAGAAAUAGGAAGGUGCAUAACUACUAAUGUGAAUUUUUUUAAUGCGAUACCAACUUCUUUAACUUCAGUGCCUGAUUGUCUCUUUUAGUUGUUAAUUUCUAUUAUACUUUUUUUUUCCUCCAGAUGAUGCAUUUCAUCAGUUCUAAGCUUUGGCCUUCCUAGUAAUUCUACACUGCCCUGUACUGUUUAAUCAUAAUAAAAAUGUAACCUUGACUGUAAUUCCUGUUUCUCCAUGCAGAGAGAAAAGUUAUCAAAUUGUUUAUUACUUGCUGCUAUUGUGCGUAGUAAUAAAAUGGCAUUUAUUGCUUGGAUGAUAUUUUUGUGGGCAUUCCUAGGUGCUGAUAGUAGCCUUUUCCAAGGCACUAACUCUCAAAAAGCUUAUAAAGUAAAAAAGAACAGUCCUAAAUAAAUCACCAGCAUCUUCA